AUGAUCGAAACAUACAGCCAACCUUCUCCCCGAUCUGUGACCAGUGGACCACCUGUCAGUAUGAAAAUUUUUAUGUAUUUACUUACUGCUUUUCUUAUCACCCAGAUGAUUGGGUCCGCACUUUUUGCUGUGUAUCUUCACAGAAGAUUGGACAAGAUAGAAGAUGAAAGGAAUCUUCAUGAAGAUUUUGUGUUCAUGAAAAUGAUACAGAGGUGCAACAAAGGAGAGAGGUCCUUAUCCUUACUGAACUGUGAGGAAAUUAGAAGCCAGUUUGAAACCUUUGUCAAGGAUGUAAUGGGAAACGAAGUGAAGGAGAAAGAAAAAAACUUUGAAAUGCAAAAAGGUGAUCAGGAUCCUCAAAUUGCAGCGCACGUCAUAAGUGAGGCCAGUAGUAAAACAGCAUCUGUUCUACAGUGGGCUCAAAAAGGAUACUACACCAUGAGCAACAACUUGGUAACCCUCGAAAAUGGGAAACAGCUGGCCGUUAAAAGACAAGGACUCUAUUAUAUCUAUGCCCAAGUCACCUUCUGUUCUAAUCGGGAAGCUUCAAGUCAAGCUCCAUUUAUAGCCAGCCUCUGCCUGAAGUCCACGAGUGGAUCCGAGAGAAUCUUACUUAGAGCGGCAAACACCCACAGUUCCUCCAAACCUUGCGGGCAGCAAUCCAUUCACUUGGGAGGAGUAUUUGAAUUGCAACCAGGUGCUUCAGUGUUUGUCAACGUGACUGAUCCAAGCCAAGUGAGCCAUGGGACUGGCUUCACAUCUUUUGGCUUACUGAAACUCUGA